AUGCACGCUGCCAAGACACUGUUCCUUUCGUUGGCACCACUCAUGGUGACAGAGUCCCUCCCACUGAUUCUGGUCACAGCCCUCUACGAGCUCGAUAUCAUUCGCUACCUCUUCUUUGGACACCCCACAAGACCAGUCCCGCCUUCUCGCCGCAAGCUCGACUACAUCGGGUUCCUGCCCAUCCCUGAGAAGGCAAAGUCCUGGCAGGGUUCUCUGGUCGCCGUCCUCUGUGGCCUGGUCUGGUUCUUUUCCGAGUUCACUCUUGACAUCAUUCUCAUCAUCCUCGGCGUCGAUUCUGCAACCGAUCUGAAGAAGCAAAUCCAGCAACACCAGGAGCAACUCCAGCACGACGAAGAUAACGAUACAGCAGUGGUCCAGGACUCGUCACCGGAAGAGGAUAGGGCGAGAGUGAAGGCGAAUAAGAUGCAUAAUCUUCAGCAUCAGCAUCACAAUCACCGUGAUAUCUACGACAACUCGGAGGAGUUCUUUGCAGAUCAUCAACCUCAGCAGCAACAUCACGGAGGACGGCGCGAGAGGAGAGAGUUCCAGAGGGAGGCCAAGAGCUCGUACGAUGCUAGUGAGGAGGGCGGUGAUGUCGUUGAGCAGCUGGAUCUGCAGGACGAGUUUUUGGUUUGGAAUUCGAUGGAACGGAGUGUGGAGUGCAGGGAUGAAGAGGAUGUUUUGUUGGCGGUCAGUGCUGCCCUCAGUCGGAAUUUGACACUCGGAGCCGAUGCCAAAGAGAGAGAAGAGAGUAAGGCUGUGUUCUGCAGCACCGCGUUUGAUGUUGUUGCUACAGCUGUUGAUAUCGAGGGAGAAUGGGAGGCGGACUUGCAGGAGAAUAACGAGCGGACUCCUGCGGCCGAAAUUAGACUCUUGCCUGCACACGAUCUCGAGCACAACGUCGAUGUCCGCUCUGGCCCCGAUACAGAUUCUGACGCCGACGUUGAUGUUGAUGCUGAGGCCGCAGACAACCCUGGGCCUGUCUCUUCAUCCCCAUUCUCGUCGACUUCGACCUCACGCACCGACCUUCACGAGACCGAGCACAACGACGAAAACGAGAAGGCUCACCCCAAGGGCGAUUUUAAAGAAAACACCAAGGCCUGGGACCAGCUUUCCAUGCCGACCAAGACUACAGAGGCACCUACCCUGGACGACUGCCGCACAACAGACUUCAUCCAGCAACACGGUGACGAUCAAGAGUCGGCAGCAGGUGUUCAUGAGCACCCCGCAGAGCAGCAGAGUCAGGAUCAAUGGUCAGAAUGGGGACCGCACCAGCUCUCUCGGGCAAUCAAGACGGUCCAGUCAAUACAGAGGCUGAAGCAGGGGCGCGUUGUGGCCAGUCCUUCGAGCCACCGGCACAUGGCUUUGUUCCCUCCCCUGAGACCCCUUGCGGCAGAGUCGACCGCCGAGUCGUUGUCGGAUGAUGACCGGAUUAGGGAUGAAAAGAAGAAGAUGUUGAGGUAUGCCAAGAAGAAGAAGGCAGCGAAGGCGAAGAAGGCAUCUGACUGGAUCAAGUAUUUCUCUGCCUCGGACCGACAGGUACAUCGCGAUAUCUCAGCUCGUCUCAAGUCGUACAGCAAAAAAGCAAUAUCGAAUUUCUGGACUGUGACCAGCUUGCGUGAGACUCGGGAACGACAGGAACAAGAGCGUGAAGCUCAGGAACGAGAACGUGUCAAGCUGAUGGAAGAACGAAGGAUCGAUCUACGGACACAGGAUGUCAUGCAACUUCGCAUGGACGAUGAUGCCAUGACGAAAGAGUUGGAGGCGGCCUAUACUUUGUGCGAAAUCAAGGACUUUGAUAAGCAUGAGUGUUUAAAGUUCCUCCAAAAGUAUAACACGCCGCUGCAGAGUAAUGAGGCGGUGGUGACUUUGCGCAAAAGUGUGCUUCGAGACCGAGCCAAUCUGCUUGAUGCCGACUCGUGUCCGGAAGUCGUGCUUCUAGGGAAGACGUUGCGUAUUCUGGAGCACCUGUGCGAGCUUGUUCUUCAUAAACCGUACAGAACUCAGAAACCGUCUGAGCACGACUGCCUCAACGUUUGGGCAACGAUCUUUGGAGUGUUGACGGAGCUUGUAACAUUUCACGCAGGCGAGAAGGCUCAGGAAGCUUCAAAGAUGAGACGAAUGCAGCGGGAAGAGUACGGGGAGCCCUCGGAUGCCAGGCGGAAGGUUGACUGCGUUUUUAUGUUCGAUGGCAUCGAGCUCUCAAACACUGAACUGAAGUCCCAGAUCGCUAGUCCAAGAGACGUCUCUGUCCAGUUGCGCAAGAGCAUUCGUCUUGCACGCUGUAUCCAGGAGCUUCACCUCUCGUUCGGGUUCGUUGGGACAUUUUAUCGUGUGGUGCAAAUGGACGACAUUUCUGUCGCUAGCGAGGUCACCUCCGCUGUCGUUUGCCUUCCUGAAACAGCCCUGGGUCUGGAGGCUUUCUUGCAGGAUGAGUCUCUCGCGUUGAUCUACAAUUUCAUUGGAUCAUUGGAAGCACAGAGACCAGUUGUGAAAACAGCCAAGGAUCGGCAGGCACUCGGUUUACAGAAAGAAAAGUUCAGAAGCGGUCUCAGAGCGUCACCGGGACCCCAGAGAGCUCGCGAACGCAAGUUUGUGAACGUGGUCACUCUGUCUCCAGCCAAAAAGAGGGAUUGGACUGCUAUGGAAUCCGACAUCGCAUUGAUCGCUCUGCUCUGGAAAUAA